CACAGGAUUCGUGCCCCACAACUGGCAUAGCGAGCUGUUGAGGAAAUUGGUUGGCGAAUUGUCGGGAAUUUUGCGGAAUUAUCAAGAGAAUUGGAGCCUCUGCGGGAGUCCUGGAAGCGUGGCGUCUGCCUUGUUUUGAAGGAUUUUUGAAGGUCACGUUGGACUCAGAUCUGAGGCUUGGUUCAGUUUUAGGUCUGGCCUUCUUCGGAAGGAGUUAAGAUUAGGGUUUGUGGAAUUGAAGGAAUCUGAGGAAUUGGUACCUCAAAGAGGCUUGUGGACGUAUUCUAUCGUGGAGACAUGAAGUCUAUGCCGGAUGGUGGAGGUGGAGGUGAGGAGGUGGUAGAGAAAAGUGCUAGGCAAAGGCUGGAAUCGACUGAGUCGAAGAAUGGCUCGAAAUUGAACGGGAAUGAUAGCAGUAGGAGUGGCAAGCACUUGAGGAUGAUAUCGAACUGGUCGAGGUCGAGCAACAAGAAGAGAAGAAGGGCAAGUACUGUUAGCUCGGGAUCUUCAAGUGAGGAGGAGGACACGGACUGGAGUACAUCUGUAGGGCCUUCGUCCGAUUCUGAUGAUGACGAUGUUAGGAAAUCGAGGAAGAGGCGAAGAUCUGCUCUUAAAAAGAGUGGGCUCAGAAGUUCGGAUGAGUCGUCGUCGGAUGACUCAAGUUCAGAAUCAGAAGAUAUAAGCCGCAAGCACAAAUCAUCAGGAAGUCGAGGAAAGAAAUCAGGGCGUAGGAAAGAAAGGACGGGUAGUAAAGUUAAGUCAAAGGAGAGGAGAUCACAUCGGAGUGGUAAUUCGAGGGACAGGGAUAUUGAGUCAGUUUCAAAAAAGACAAAAGAUAGGACGAAGAGUAGAGAUAAGGUGGAAAGUAGGCAUAAGGACAGACGCAGUAAGCAUAGGAAAGAGGAAGGCAAGAAAAAUUCGAAAGACAAAGUGGAAGAGGUUGCUCCUUCUCCACAAGAGGGUUUUAUCAUAUCUAAAAUCUCGCGAACGCCUCUUCAGGAAAAAAUGGAUGCCCAAGAAAAGCAGAAGGCACUGAUCAGGCACAACGCAGAAAUGGCCAAGGCAAGGCUAGCAAGCGGAGACAUGCAGAGAGCAAGAGAAGAACAAGCAGAAAUGCAGCGGUUGUAUGGUGCAGUUGAUUGGAGGGCCAGAAAAAAACUUCGGUCAGAAAAGAAGAGAUUGGAGAGAACUAUUGCAGCUGGAAAUAAGCUCGCCAAUAUUGAAGAGCGUGAGAUUGCACGCAUGGAUGCAUUCCGUGUUGCGCGGCGUGUGUGGGUUGGCUUGAGAAUGGGCAUGGCAGUUAGGGUUGCCAACAGCAGAAGCACAACGCCAGGCAGAGUGGAGAGCUGAGGCUACACGAGCUCUGGCGGAACAAGAAGCGACUAUGAGGGAGACCCCUGCGUCUCUUUUAUCCGCCAAACCCAUAAAGCAUUCUGUCAUUGGACCUCGCCUCCCUCAUUGAUUUUCAACACGAACCAGGGCACUUAUGUAUUUUCCUCCUGCUUAUGGCCUCUUCAGUUUUGUAGUUUUCAAAAUUGUAGCAUGAGGACUUAGUAUGUGAAGUUGCUUACUGUAGCUAGCAACAAGUACAAAUAAUUAGUAGAGAUUGACCCUUUGAGACUAAGUUUAGUUUAGAUACGUAGAUGAACUUUUCUGCAGGCUAGUUGAGUAUCUUGUUUGUCUGGUAACUUCUACCUUAAAUGAUCCUUAGCUGCAGAGGUUAGAGGUGGUUGAGCAUAGCACUAAUAAGAUUAGGUUGUUAAUGCACAGAGCUGCAUGGCAGUGUAAGUUACAGUCUAUGAACGUUGUUCACUACAUUUUCUAAGAACGGGCACUACUAUUCGAAUGGGAGUAGUGCUGAGCAACGUACUCAUUCUAGACGUCACCAAUUUCAGGUUUUAGUCCGGAUCUGUAUAGCAGGGGUAGUCGGCGUGAAGACUUAAGAUAUCAUGCAACAAUUUCAAAAGUAAAUUUUUCAUUUACCAACUAGAAAUACACGCUGUAAGCUUGCAGAGUGGAUUUUUGGGUGUUCCACUUUCUCCCCUAA